AUGCGAAAGCGCGACAACAUUGGAGAAUUACCGUUUACAGUUGUCGUUCGACAAACCGCUCCGGAAGAUCCAUACCCAACCGCCGUUGCUCAUGGAGGCUGGGAUGAUCAUUGGGAAGAGAAGCAGGUUGUUGAGGAAAAAAUUGACGAGUGGAGGCGUAAAAAGGCCGAAGCUAAUCAUUCUCAGUCGCAAAAGAACGAAGAUAUCGAUUUCUUCAAUGAUAUGCAGCCAACAUUAAGAAAGCGAAAAAGGUUAAGCGUUAGAUCUUAA